AUGGCUCCGUCGACCACUUCCAACUCUUUGAACGGCUCCGCCGACCCCUUCAAGACCGUCGUCCGCCAUCCCAUCUAUUAUAUUCAAUCGGCUGAUCUCUCCUUCCUUAUCGGAAAUGUCCAAUUCAAAGUUCACCGUUACUUUUUCGAGCGCGAGUCGGCGUUUUACCGCGGCAAGCUCACUCUUCCAGUCUCUCCUGGAGCCAUCCGACAAGGCUCAAGCGACAAUGAGCCCAUUUUCUUCGAAGACGUGACCCCAGAAGCCUUCGAGAAGCUUUGCUGGGUCUUCUACAACCCUCGCUACUCGCUUUACGACGCAUCUGUUGAUGACUGGUCCUCCAUUCUUGGCCUCGCACACAAAUGGGGCUUCCCGCAGGUGAAGGCUCUCGCCGUGCGCGAGCUCGAGAAGAAGGACUUUGACGACAUCGACCGCAUCGUUGUCUACCACAACAACGACGUCGAUCGCAACCUCCUCAUCCCUCGAUAUGCCGCCCUCUGUGCUCGCGAGACCCCGCUCACUCUUCCUGAGGGUAUGAAACUCGGCAUGGAGACUACCCUCGCUAUCGCCAGCGCACGAGAGUACGUCCGUGCCAUCAAGCUCGCCGAUGGCAGUCGCAGCCCUAUCUCCCCAACCGUCGAAGGCGAAGAACUCGCUUCUAUGAUUCGUGACCUUUUUGGAAUACCCCCUCCCGCUCCCGCCGCGGACGCGGAUGUUACAGUUAAGGACGCGUCCAACGCGUCCUCUUCUUCAGGUGGUUUGACUGAAGUUGACGGCGAACGUGAUCCCAGCGCCAACGAUAACGACGGCUCUGCAGCAGUCGUCACUGCUUCCGCUACAGAAGCAGCAGCAGCCUCCAAAGCAAAAGGUGCGACCGCCGACACCUCCAGCGCCGGUGGAGGAGACGCCGGUGGUGACAACGCAGCCAACACCGACCCCCUUGACGUUACCAACGGUGCCCCCGCCCAUGGAGGAGACGCCAACUCCGGCGACGCCGACGCCCCUGCCGAAAAAGACACAGAAAAACCGUCGUCAGAACCUGCCAACGGAACUGACUCCCGACCUAGCUCCCCGGGCAAGGUGGAGGAGUCGGGAACGGGGGGGACGGUGGCGAACGAUCACGGUGACGAAAUCCAGUCGCAGGCGACCAAAGAAGACGAACCAAAAGAACCAGACACAUCUAAACUAAACGCAAAACAGCGCAGAGAACUUGCGAAGAAGGCGACAAAGGCAGCAAAGAGGGCGGAGGAUGAGAAGAAGAAGGCAGAACAAGAGGCGGUGGAGGCUACGCGUGCGGCGGAGAAGAGGAAGACUGAGGAGGAGGCAGCGCGCAGAGUUGAAGAGGAAGCGCAGAGGGAGGAGGAGGCGAUGCGCAAGGCGGCAGAGGAGGCCAAGCGUAAAGCUGAGGAAGAGGAGGCGGAGCGCAAGGCGGCAGAGGAGGCCAAGCGUAAAGCUGAGGAAGAGGAGGCCAAGCGCAAAGCCGAGGAAGAGGAAGCCAAACGCAAAGCCGAGGAAGAGGAAGCCAAACGCAAAGCCGAGGAAGAGGAGGCCAAACGCAAGGCCGACGAAGAAGCAGCGCGUUUGGCUGCAGAGGCUGAAGCCAAGCGCAAAGCUGAAGAAGAGGCUGAGCGCAAGGCCGCUGAAGAGGCGCGUCUCGCCGAGGAAGCGGCUGAAGCAGAGCGGAAGGCAGAAGAAGCUCAGCGUGUCGAAGAGGAGGCCAAGAAGAAGGCGGAUGAAGAGGAAGCAGAGAGGAAGCGUCUAGAGGAGGAGAGGAGGGCGGAGGAGGAGCGUUUGGCUGCAGAGGCUGCGAAAAAGGCUGAGGUGAAACGCCUCGAGGAGGAGACUGCGAGGAUGGCAGAGGAGGAACGCAAGGUGGAGGAAGUUCGUUUGGAGGCUGAGAAGGAGGAAGAGGAACGCCUAGAGGCUGCGAAAAAGGCGGAGGAGCGCUUGGCUGUUGAGGAUGCUGCGAGGAAGGCUGCGCAGGAGGCUGAAGUGGCUAAAAAGGCAGAAGAGGCUGUCGGCAAGACUGCAGACGAAGACAGAAGCACGGUCGCCGACGACACUGAGUCCGUCGCUCUUGAUGAAGAGGGUAGCUCCAAGAAGAAGAAAAAGAAGAACAGGAAGAAAAAGGGUCCUGCCGCGGCGGCCGAAGCCAAACGUGUUGAGGAGAAAGCUAGAAACGACGCCUCGGAACCUGCGACGACAGACAGCGCCGAACUCAUCAAUCUUUCAUCCCCCGCCCUGAAGAACCCUUCCGACUCUACCGAAACCGUCCAGGAUGAGCCCAAACCCGACGAGUCUUGGGGUUUUGAACUCGAGAGCUCCAAUGACUCUUCCAAGGGCACCUCAGCUACCAACUCUGUUCCUGCCGUCCCUCCCAAGUCACCCGGAAGUCAACCGAGAUCCUCCAACGCAUCUUCGAUGCCAACGGUAGCCACUCGACCUCAUGCAAUUGAGGCCGGUCCCAAAUCAGCCAGUGGGCACCCACCGUCGAGCCCAUGGGGCAAACAAUCGCCCCAGUCGCUUUCUAUCAACCCUGAAAAUAUCCCCCUUCCCGCCACCCCCAUCACCCCCACGAGACCAGGUCACAAGGGUUCCUUGAAUGACCGACUGGCCGAAUCCAUGGCCAAAGCUGCUCAGCCGACGCACAUGUCGCCGGGCAGUUUCGCUCAAAGAAAGCCACGCGACAGUAGUAGUUCUAGCUGGAGCAGUUGGCUCACGAAGUUGGCUGACGGCUAAAGCGCUCGAUGGACGCCGUCAUAUUGUGCUUUGCUCGACUCGUUUGGAUAUUUUGGUUCCUUUUCCUUUCCGGUUUUCGUUUUACUUUCGGUUUCACUUUCGCUUUGGGCUCCUUUUCGCCAUGAAUCUGACCUUCACGACCCUUUUAUGCCGACUGACCAUCAUACCCUGCUGUAGCACUCAGCUCUGCGUCUACGGUAUAUACUAACGGAUACAUCUAGGUAGCCUUAUGGUACUCUUACAUCUUGGAAUUUUCGCGCCGUCAUGGCGCUCAUGUCUUAGUAGGAUCACAUUUCAUUUUCUCUCUCUAUAGUUUACGCAUUUACGAUUUUUCAUGGACGCACGUAGAAAUGAAUCAAUCUGGGAUUGGAACGGU